AAAGUGUAUCACUCAAAUUUCUCUUACCCAUUAGUCUAAUUUUAUUAUUAAUGGCUUAUCAUCCUCAAAGGUUUUGGCUGGUACCCUGGUGGAUUUUGAUUCAAGUUGGGAAUUGAUACAAUGGGUUUUCGGUGGUUAUAUUGCAAAUUUUCUUUCAAUUCAAACCUAAUUUUAUAAAAUCACUGCUAAGGAUUCUUGCGCCAUCACAAUUCACAACCAUUGUCCAAUCGUCACGCCAUCACCGCCGUCCACCGUCGUUGUGCCGCUGCUGCUUCUCUAUCGUCACAAGCUUUUCCGAUUUUCCCCACUAGGUUAAUUGAAGUUCGAAUAAACCGGCUAAAACAGGUUAUCAACGGAAAGGUUACCUCCAGUCAAGUCGGGCGGAGUAGUGGACAUAUGAUGAGAAUGUAUGAUCCUUGCUAUGAAAUAUUGAAGAUUCAGAAAUUUCGACGGCUGGUCUCCUAUGGUGGAUUUUAUUGUUUUGCGGCAGUAUUGAGUUAUGCUUAUACCAACAACACCACGAGAGCUGGGUAUUCCAGAGGUGAUCAAUUCUACGCAUCUUAUCCUGCAGGGACAGAAAUGCUAACAGACACUGCAAAGUUAUAUAAAGCCGCGCUUGGCAAUUGCUUUGAGGUGGAGGAUUGGGGGCCAAUAGAGUUUUGCAUUAUGGCUAAACAUUUUGAGCGACAGGGGAAAUCACCAUAUGCUUACCAUGCUCAAUACGUGGCUCAUCUUCUUUCACAUGGGCAGCUCGAUGGAAGUGGAUAAAAGGUUUACUAUGAGAGUCCUCGAGGAAAACUUCACUGGAAAACUUCUAUUACAAAUACCAUGAGCUAAUAAUGAACCUUGGCUCCGCACCAAGCAUAACAUGCCCUCAAGGAAAUCCUGCCUGGAAGUAUUUUACUAUGAUGUUAUAUUGUACAAUUAUGUCUCAAAACUACUAAUUCUGAAAUGCAGAAUUAUUACAUGUGCAGGGUAUCACAAACUCUUAGUAUAUUUGCUUUUUGCUAUUUUGCUUAAAUACAAAGUGCAUGUUGCUAUUUUGCAUUUGCAUUAUCCUUCCGAUAA